ACCUGUGUGCUUUCGUGGAUUGUGGCGAAGCCACCUGCGCUGUUGAUGUAGACAUUGGCAUACCCCUGUGCGUGUGCAAGGACGGUUUUGUAUUCGACAAAGACCACAAGACGUGUGUCGUGGACCCGUGUGUUGGCGUGGACUGUGGGUUACAGGCUCACUGCGUUACUCUCACUCAUACCAAAUCCGAGUGCGAUUGCAACAAGCAAGAAUUUUACUUCAACGAGCCUGACAAGACGUGCUUUGCCCCGUUGGUGCGGACGACUGUGGCAGUGCAGGCAAGUGGCAACACCUUCGCGGGCGAAAGGGACGCAACCUUCCUGACGGAGGUGCCGGCAGAGCAGGCCAGUGGCAGCAGUGCGUGCGGCAACCUGCACACGGUGCUCAACGGCACCACCAGCAUCACCGUCGUGUGGAACACCAAGCGCUCCGCUCCUGGCAGCCUCGCGCUUGGCAACGCCAUGUGCAAGAGCCUGUCGUUCUACGCUGACUGGGACUGCAAGGAGAAGCUGGAUUUCACCAUUGCUCGUCCCGUGAAGAAGGGCAGUUCCUACCCCGUCACGAUAAGGACUGUCAAUGGAAUCGCUUCGCUGCUAUCAGUUGGCUGCGAGAUCA